AUGUCUUGGGAUACUCGCAUCACAGAAUUUAUCAAUAUAAUAUCAAAAGAUACAUCAGAAUGCGCUGAACUAAUCGCCGAUUUAAUCACAAGAUAUUUCCCAGAGAAUGAAUCAGAUAUAUUUACACAAUUACCUGAAAGAUCUCAAAACGUAUUUAAGCGUGAUGAAGUUGAAAAAGAGCUUGGUCAAGAUAUAACUAAAGAAAUUAAACAAAAUCUUAUCGAAUAUCGAGAUGCAAGUAGUAAACGAUCAGAAUAUAUGACAAAUUUAGUCAAGCGAUGUGAUAUUUUUUAUAAUAAUUUGAUUACUGGAAAGAAUAAGAAUAACAUAAAUUUAAUUCCUAUUGCUAUCACGUAUUCUAUUAUGCAUCUUGCUAUUUUGAAAGAGAGAAGUACUUAUCAUAAGGAAAUAUACAAAACAAAUAAGUCAGAUGAAACGUAUGAUUCGGAUUUAAAACGAAAAGUUCAAGACAUAGAAACUGAUCAAGCAGCAAUAGCUAGAUAUACAGAAAUGUGUAAUCGAUCAAAUUCACGAUUAUUUAAUGAAGCAAAAGCUGAAUUUAUGAAAAUGUAUAUGAAUACAUUUGCUUUGGAUAAAUUCUUACCUAAUAAUUCAAAUGCACCUACAAUUGCUCCAAAUCGAGAAAUUGGAACCCUCAUUUUUGGAAUUUAUGGAAAUGAUACUUUUCCAGAUGGUGAUCAUGGUCCAGAUGAUCAUGGUAAAUUAAAUCCAUUGGGUGAUGUUAAGCGCGAUGUAAUUACUGGUUUUAAUGUUCAUGCUGGUUUUUACUUGGAUUGUUUAACCGUUAAAUUUAAAAAUCAAGAUGCAUUUAGUGCUGGAAAUGAAAAAGGUGGAGAAGCGACUACUAUUCGAGGUCUUAAUGCGAAACAUAAUUAUGUGAUUGGUGUUGAUGUUUAUUUUAGAGAUGAAGUUGUUAGUGCUAUUCGAUUCUAUAUGUCAGAUGGUCAAAUUACUGAGGUACUUGGAAAUGGUGAAAAAAUUCAAAAAAAAACUGAUCAAGUUAAUUGUGGCCUUUAUCAUACCGAUUUCAAAUUAGUAGGCGUUCAGAUGGCUGAAGCAAAUUCUGAUAAAUAUGCUCAUAACCGAUGUGUUGGCCACAUUUCUUUUAUAUUUGAGCAUAUGCGUAUUGCAGAUUAA